CAUUCUGGGGCCUGAUGGUGGGUCUAGCGGUGGGAUUGACGCGGAUGGUUCUAGAGUUUGUGUUUCCUCCCCCUCGCUGUGGUGUUUUUGACCCUGCUCCCUCUGUCUUGAGGAGUGUACACUACCUGCACUUUGCCAUCAUACUCUGUGCCCUGACUGUUAUUGUUGUGGUGGUGAUCAGUCUACUGACCCCUCCACCCACCGACGAACAGACACAUAAUCUUACCUGGUGGACUCUACAUAACAGCACUGAGAGAGAAAUACCUCUACAGAAAGUAGCUACUCUUAGCUGCAGGACAGACGGCUCUGAGUCUGUGCGCAGGGGUAAGUGUGUCCGCACCGCUGGGUUCUGUAGCCCUCGACCUGGACGAUUUGCAACCGGGACGCCACCUCCUAUAAUUCACAGCACCAGAGAAGAUCCUUUCUGGUCUCGUUUCUGUUGUGUCAACGCUAUCAUUCUCAUGUGCGUCAACAUCUUCCUCUAUGCUUACUAUGCGUAACACAUACCGCCACACACAUAGUUUUUUGUUUUUUUGGUACAAAUGCAUCACCUAGACUUCUGAUAAGACUUUCUUGCAAUUGCGAGUUUGUAUCUUACU